CUCUGUGGUGUGUUGCUUGGUCAGGAGUUUUCACAAUAGGAAUCACAGACUCUUUGGUCCUGGACAGGUAUAAAUGCAAGGGUUAAACCAGGCUGGAUGUCAGUUCACUAGUUGGAAACUGUUUUGACAGCUAAGCAAGUGAUCAUGGGCAAGGUUAUCUUCUAUGAGGACAGGAACUUCAUGGGGCGCUCCUAUGAGUGCACCGGUGAUUUUUCCGAUAUGCACAGUUACAUGAGCCGCUGCCACUCCUGCAGGGUGGAGAGCGGCUGCUGGAUGGUCUACGACCGCACCAACUUCAUGGGAAACCAGUAUUUCAUGAGGAGGGGCGAGUACGCUGACUACAUGAACAUGUGGGGCUGGGGCAACAACUGCAUCAGGUCCUGCCGCAUGAUCCCCAUGUACAGAGGAUCCUACAGAAUGAGGGUCUAUGAGAGAGACAACUUCAUGGGUCAGAUGAUGGAUGUGAUGGAUGACUGUGAUUCCUUCAAUGAUCGCUACCACUGGUCCAACGGCUGCAUGUCCUGCCAUGUGAUGGACGGCCACUGGCUCAUGUAUGAGCAUCCCCACUACAGAGGCAGGAUGUGGUACUUCAGGCCUGGAGAGUACAGGAACUUCAGGGACUACGGUGGCAUGAGGUUCAUGAGCAUGAGGCGUAUCAUGGACUCUUGGUAUUAGAAGCAAUCAAAUGUAUUGAUGUAACCUUUGCAAAUUUAAAUAAAAUCUUCAACAAUCACCAAA